AUGCCAAAGCGCAAAGCAGAGUCGAAGCUUUCAUCCUUGGUGAAUGGCGAGAUAGAGGAUGACGACCUGGGUGAUCGCGUCGAGGAUGAUAACGCGAGCAUAGAACCUCCGGCCAAACGACAAAAAGGACGGCCAAAAGCCGCUGUUGCGACGAAGACGACGGCUACGAAAACCUCAAGAAAAACUCGCUCUAAGGUGGUGGUGGGCCCAAAGAAGCGUGGAACAGCGACCGGACGAGGAAAGGCAUCAAAAGUGGUAGAAGAACAACAUGCGGAGGACGCGGAUAGCGUUGAAGAAGAAAGUGGGACAAGAGAAGCAGAAGGUAGGUCGGAAGAUGAGCUUGACUCACCAGAGACCGUCCAACAUCAAGAGAAUCAAGGGAAAAGCCGAACACGAGGAGGAGCGAAAACAGCAGAGACUGUAAAGGACGGCGAUUUCGAGUACACACCCACAAAUGCCAAAUCAACGACUAUGCGAGGGCAGACGGGGAACCAAGCAGCCAAGCAAGGUGCCUCCAAAGAAUCUUCACCACCAACAGAGAUAACGCCGGAAGUUGCGAAGAAUGCGGCCAGAGGCGGCACCUCCACCGGUCGGACACAAAAGAGACUCCCUCACGCUGGAACUGGUUGGAUUUCACCAUUCAAAAGUUCCCUACCUCAGCAGCGGACAUCUAGAGUGUCCGGGGUAAAACCAUGGGGAAGCCCUACGAAGUCUCACCAGACGGGAGACGGCGAGGUGGCGCUGAGGCUCAAACUAGGCGAGAUGACGAAGAAGUAUGAGAGCAUGGAAGGAAAGUACCGUGCCUUGAGAGAGAUUGGUAUAGUCGAGGCCAACUCCAACCUAGAAAAGAUACGGAAGCAGCAUGAGGAGACAACAGCAGCGUCCAAACAAUUAAUCAGUUCAUUAAAGAGCGAGCUCUCGAAACAAUCCAGCGUAUCGAAACAAACCAAAGAGCUACAAAAACAGGUCGAAUCGCGAAACGAAGAGGUCUCAAAGCUUCGACAGCAACUGGAAGAAAUGAAGUCUGGCCUUAAUAAAGCUCAGACUGAAGCUAAAUCGCUGCAGACCAAACUGACAGCUGCGAGAAAUGCAGCCACCAAUGCUGAGAAGGUAGCGGCAGCCAGGGGCCCUGCAGCCAGACCAGGGGUGGUGCCCAAAGAUGCAGUAAACGGAGCGAUAGAAUCUGCUCAACUGGCUCAGCUCAAAGAAGACCUGUAUAGCGACCUCACGGGCUUGAUUAUUCGAGACGUGAAGAAGCGGGAAUCAGACCAUCUGUAUGACUGUAUACAAACCGGCCUUAACGGAACACUGCAUUUCAAACUCGGUGUCAGUCACAAUCUGGAUAACCGGUCAACUGCCAGUUUGGAAGCCGCGGAGUUCCACUACCUCCCCUUGUUGGACGAGAACCGGGACCGGGAACUGCUCGAGUUGCUACCCGACUAUCUCUCUGUAGACAUCACUUUCUCCCGGCAGAACGCAGCCAUGUUCUAUAGCCGGGUAGUCGAUAGCCUGACAAAGAAGCAAGCAGACUCAUAG